AUGCUAUCUGCCGUUAAGAGACAAUCAGGCUUGUUACGUCAAGUCUCAAUGGUAAGACCCAUUCGUGGUCUUGCCUCAGCAUCUGAAGAGAGUGAUUUGAUUGAAAUUGAAUUGCCAGAAACUUCAUUUGAGGGUUACAAUUUGAACGUACCAGAAUUGAAAUAUACCACCACUAAGGGCAAUUUGUUGCAAAUGUUCAAAGAUAUGACAACAAUUAGACGUAUGGAAAUGGCAUGCGAUGCUCUUUACAAGGCUAAAAAGAUUUGGGGGUUCUGCCACUUGUCAGUCGGUCAAGAAGCAAUUGCAGUCGGUAUUGAAAACGCUAUCACAAAGAAAGAUACCGUUAUUACUUCCUACAGAUGUCACGGUUUUGCUCACAUGAGAGGUUCUCCAGUCAAGGAUAUCUUGGCAGAAUUAAUGGGUAAAAAAUCAGGUUGCUCUUUCGGUAAAGGUGGUUCUAUGCACAUUUUCACUAAUGGUUUCUACGGUGGUAAUGGUAUUGUGGGUGCUCAAGUUCCUUUGGGUGCUGGUUUAGCAUUUGCUCAUCAAUACAAGAAUGAAGAUAACUGUAAUUUCGCUCUAUACGGUGAUGGUGCCGCAAACCAAGGUCAAGUCUUUGAAUCUUACAACAUGGCUAAAUUGUUCAAUUUACCAGUUGUCUUCUGUUGUGAAAACAACAGAUACGGUAUGGGUACUGCUGCUUCCAGAGCAUCUGCUUCCACUGAAUACUUCAAGCGUGCUGGUUACAUUCCAGGUUUGAAAGUUAACGGUAUGGACAUCUUGGCAGUUUACCAAGCAUCUAAAUUCGCAAAGGAUUGGUGUCUAUCUGGUAACGGUCCUCUUGUUCUUGAAUACGAGACCUACAGAUACGGUGGUCACUCCAUCUCUGACCCAGGUACUACUUACAGAACAAGAGAAGAAAUCCAACACAUGCGUUCAAAGAACGAUCCAAUUGCAGGUUUGAAGAUGCACAUGUUACAAUUGGGAUUGGCAACCGAGGAAGAAUUGAAGGCUUAUGAAAAGGCUGCUAGAAAAUAUGUCGAUGAACAAGUUGAAUUAGCUGAUUCUUCUGCUGCUCCAGGUUACGAACCAGAAUUGAUGUUUGAAGAUGUUUAUUUGAAGGGCACUGGUAUCCCACGUUUGAGAGGUAGAACCGUUAAUGAAACUUGGGAUUUGGAAAAAUUGCAAUACGUUCCAAGAUACUAA